CCUAAUUGUUGUGAUAAACUUAUUAAAUAGAUGGUUGUAAAUGGCAACUCGACCAGAAGACUUGAACCUGCCUGCGUCUGUGGUGACGAAACUUGUUAAGGACUCAUUGCCUGCACACGUGAAUGUGUCGAAAGAAGCGAGAACUGCGAUUGGCAGAGCGGCCAGUAUUUUCGUCCUCUACACAACAGCUUGUGCGAACAAUGUGGCAGUGGCCGAGAAGCGGAAGACGAUCACCCCCUAUGACAUCCUGAGUGCCAUGAAGGACAUGGAGAUGGACCAGUUUGUCAACCCCCUCCGCAAGUGCCUAGAGGCUUACCGCAAAGCUCCUGGUAAAACUUCAAAGUCAAAACAACCUGAAAAGUUGCCAACGAGUAAAGGAGUUGUCAAAAAAUCACCGAAAAAGGCAGCGUCUCCUAAAAUGUCAAAGUCUCCGCUGGUAGAAACUGAAAUGAAACAAGCUGCAGCUACACACAAUGCUGUUUCUGAAAGAACGCCUGCCGUAACUGAAGGCCAGCAAAGCUCAUCCCAAAGUUUGCGAGCACAAGAAGACAGUGAUUUUGAGACGUCGUCUAGCGCGUCUUCGUCAGAAGUUGAACAUGUCAAACGCCCCGAUGUGAAGACUGGGUUUGCGAAAGACGGAGCAUCGACAACAUCUGCAUCUCAUUUUGUUGUGGAGGCACCCCCCGUUAUUAUGGAAAACACAGACGAGGAUUCGGACGAGAGUAGUGACUAAAUUGAUCAGAGGGUUUUGAAUAGCUGUUUUAUGACGCAAUGUUUUGAAUAUAAAUAUCAAAUGUGAUGUAUGUAUUGUUUUUUACCAUCUUGUUUUUAAAGCUAAUUGAAAAUAUAUUUUUUCAGUUCUACUUCCUUUUUAAUUUUCCGUAACAGUUAUUUUUAUUUGGUGCUCUAACUAAUCCGAGUUGCGAGAAUCAAGGAGUCGAGA